AUGUCUACACUAUUAGACAACUUCACAAUAUGUGACACAAUCGCAGCGACAGACAAACAAAACAUCAAAUUGUGUCACAUUUUCAACGACUGCUCGAAAGGCAAAGAUGUGCUGUUCGUCACCGGCGAGGAUCAGGUCUAUGGGUUGGGCACAAACACCAUGGGUUGCCUCGGCUUAGGCCAUAACCUCCCGGUCCUCACACCUCAACUCAUACACCAGUUAUGUAAACAAAACGUACAAUACUUUGCCAACGGAUCCAGUUUUGCGAUGGCUGUGACCGGCGAUCACCGGCUGUACAGUUGGGGCGAAAAUACGUGGGGACAGUUGGGUCGGUGCGGGUCAGUACCGCCGCCCGACCCAAACCACAAGUGCUUAACACCUGAGAAAAUAACAUACAGUGACAGCAACCGGGAUAUGACUGUCAGGCAAAUAGCAUGCGGUUAUAACUACUGUCUGGCGCUCACCACUGGUGGCCGGGUAUACGGCUGGGGGUAUAACGGGAGCGGACAAGUGGGCUGUCGGGGCGGCCCCAGCAAUAAUCAGAUCAUAUGUCAACCCCAGAAAUUGUCAUUCAGUAAUGCCUACAAAAUAACAGCCAUUUAUUGCCACUAUUUCUCGUCAUUUGCCGUCACAUCUGAUGGACAGGUGUUUAGUUGGGGUACGAAUAGUGACCACCAGUUGGGACACGACUGCCCGGAUAGGUGUGUAUCUGAGCCUAAGCUGGUAUCGGGACUGAAUGGGGUUAAAAUUGUGACCAUUUCACGGACCCCCGGAUGGCUGGACAGCUACGUUAUGGACGAUCCCUACCUCACUAUAAACAGUAAACUCCGGGCACUUCAGCGGCGACGGGAAAAACAACGGCAGACAGAUCUCGAGGUCAAUCGCCAGCACCAGGAGGUUCAGGACCAGCACCCGGACCCUCAGGCCCAUCAGUCAGAGCACCGGUGGGCGAUCACUGAUAGGCACGACGUGUUGGACUUUUUGAACAGCCAGGAGUCGCCGCCAGUCGAUGUCAGAGCCCGUGCGCCGGCGCCCGACCAAAAGCGUAACCCUAUGCGCGAUGUUUACCGGUUUAUCGCCCGGCGAAUGGUCAGCAACAGUCGACGUACAGCCGCUUCCACCGAUCCAUUACUGCCUGAUGAUUGCAUAGCAGACUGGCCAGACAACCUAGAUGAUGAGCACCCGGUGGACAAUAGAAGAGAUGACUGGCAGUCAAACACAAACAAUAGCACCAAACCUGAUGGUCAAUCGCCAGAACAAUUCACUACAACUAUAUGUGAAAUACCAACGUAUGAUAGAUCUGAAAACACCAUAAGCUGCUGGUGGGGACCCGUCAGCCAAUGUCCACCGGAUCUGAGAGCACUGACAGACCAGAUGAGCACCGGGACUGUAGAGGGGGACGGUAUGACCCGUUCCCAUACCUUAAUGUAUAAACUACUGGUGCGGGAGUGGCGACGGGCGGCAGGGGCCGGGAUGUGCCGCAUAGAGUACAUGUAUCACACGUUAGACAUCCUACUUGCAAAAGGCGUUACAGUGAUAUAUUGUACUGAGCACCGGGUUAGGUGCAAACCCCGGGUAAACAUCGUGGUCUUUGAAGCACAUGUGUCGGCCCUCAAACGGUUUAUAGCAGCUAUUAGUGGGGCUAAUAAAACGAUGUCGGUUGGGGUUCAGGUGGAGUUGUUAACUGCCUUAGAGUGGGUGGUUUACGCCCAGUGCCAGUACAGGCCGGCUGUGGCCGAUGUGAUGGACUCACUGUUCCGUAAGGGUGUGGCGGAGGCCGCGGCCUUUGCCGAGUGGUCACUUGCCGACAGCCCCCGACCCAAUGAUAAGGGAUUAUUAAUUAGUGAAAUUAAAGCUGCUGGUUUUAAUCUAUCAGUGCCGAUAGGGAGGGGAGGUUUCGGUGAAGUGUAUAAAGUGAGGCAUAUAUUAGAACAAGAGGUGUACGCGGUUAAGAUUGUAAAGUUCCUU